AUGCUGUCGGAAGGUUACCUUCAUAGAAUCACCUACCUUUGGGAAGACCUGAACCCUGCACUCUACGAGAGUUUGCCUGAUGAAGGGGUGUAUGAAAUGAGGUCCAUUAAUUAUUCUUCCACAGGAGAAGCACAAGGAAAAAGCCUCCUUCAGAGAUGCAGAUCUGCUGGCAAGUGCAUCUCCUCAGUCUGCUCCCGAGGUAGCAAGCACAGCAGAAGGCAGAAGGAUAAUCUCCCACAACCUGUCCAGCACCCAACACCCACAGGGCAGCCACCUCCAGCUACGCAUGUCUGUGGGGAGCUGACAAAAAAAGUCACCUACCUGGUUCCACCUUCCUGCAAGAGCAUUUGCAAGAACUACAACGAUUUGCACAUAGCUGGGGACUACGUGGUGCCGAUUAGCUCGGUCACCACAGAUUUCGCUUGUGACAGCGGCAUAGGCCCCUUCUUGGAGUCCUCAGAGAUCCCUCCCGCCAUGGAGUCUGUGAAGGCUCCCCCCUCGAGCGACACCGCGCGCAGGCCGGGCCAGGGCCACUCGUCCUGCUGGCGGCUGGCCAGCCUCGGGCCCCACCAGCAGCCCCUCUCCGACUCUGCCCUCAAUGACUACCUGGAGCAGAAGCUGCUGGAGCUGUACAAGCAGUACAUCAUGGACAGCACAGCAAACAGGGCAUCCCCCACCCAGAUCCUGGCCUCGGAGCUAAUCAUGACCAACGUGGAUCAAAUCAGCAUGCAGAUAUCACGGGAGAGGAACAUGGAGACUGUCAAGGCCAAAGACAUUGUCAUUAGCCGCUUCUUACAAAUAGCCAGUGGGAAAAUUUCCUCAGAAAUGAGCACACCUACUCUGCAUAUUUCCCAAUAUAGUCACAUUAAUGCUUAGUGUUUGAAUGUUAGAAAGUGUUUAUGUUCUUCAAAGUUGGUUUUUAGUUUAAGAUACUUCCUGCUUAA